UUUUACAGCACUGUAAUAGCCACUGAGUGAGUGUGGGGAAUGAGACGGUCAUUUUGGCUUCAGGACUUAUCCUGUGCUUUUCUAGAGUUGUAGAUGAUUUGAGUGAAAUUGCAGUAUUCACUGCUGAAGAAGCCUUCAGUCUGUACCUGGAGGGGGUGGAAACACAGAAGAUAGCUGGAAACCUCAUCAGCAGAUGCAGCUCGUUGUUUUCUCUCACUGUGGAGCAGAGACAGGAGACCCCUGGUGGCAGCUCUGAGUAUUGCAGAUCCAGGCUGCACUUGUUUGAUCUCACUGGGGGAGAACGGAAGGAGGAUUUGAACGGGUAGGCAGGUGCUAACCCCUUGCUGACAGUAAUGGAAUUAAAAGACAGCAACUCAAUGCCUGUCCAUGGACUGCUGCCCAUGCUGCUGUAUCAAGGACUGGAAGGGAACAGUUAUACAGUCCUCCUGUACUGCAUACAAGUGGAAGGCCUUAUUGAUGAGGAGGUCCCCCGGGCGCUGUCCCUGGCUCAGGUGGCGAGGGGUCUCAGGAUGAAGGUGUCCCCUGGCCACUGGAGCCCUAAGGAGGCAGCCCAGAGCCUGCGAGCCCACAUCAGAGAGCAGAGGUCUAGGAUUGUGUCUGCGGGAGAGUCAGGGGGAGAGGGUGUCAACCAGCUAGGGGAGCUGAUUAAGGCUUUGCAGAUUGUGAAGAACCAGGAAUGGGAAAAGAAGAAAGCGAGAUCAAAAGAGAUUGAAGCAAAUAGAAGAAUCCGCCUCGCUGCGCGGGGCUUGCUGCUGGGCCAACCCAGACCGUCCCACUCUGAGAAACCAGACCCCACCCCCCAGAACCGUGACACCCAGCUGAAGAUCCAGCAACUACAGGAGCAGCUCAGGACAGAGAUGGAGGAACUUCUUAGCGGUGGAAAAGUGAGCGUGGACCUGAACCAGGAGCGACUGAGCAGAAUUCAACAGCUGAAGGAAGCGAUUGGGUGGGAGCAGAGGAGUAUGACGCAAACAAGUCAACACACUGCCACCCCAGGGGUUGCCAUGCAGGCAAAAGAUGGUAGUUCCCAGCUUGCUGACUUGGAGCUGGAAUAUACCAUGGCCCUAAACAGAAGGAAGAGACUGAAGGAGGAACACGCCACCCUCAUACAGGGGGAGCUUCUGAAGAUGGAAGAGGAGCUGCAGGCUAAGGAGUGUGAAGGGGAGCCUGCGAGAGAGAUCUGGUGGCUGCAGAGGGAGACGGAGGUCCUGGUUCUUCAGCUGGAAGUCCUGCGGAGGGAGAAGUGCGAGGCUGAGCGAGACCUGGAGAAGUUGCACAGGAGAUACUCUGAGGAGCUGGACUCUCACCGAGCACAGAGCCUGCAGGUUUUCCGUGCUUUCCGUGAGGUGUUUGAGGAACAGAAAGACGCCCUGGACCGCCGCUAUCGGACUGUGCUGAGGGAAGCCAUCCAGGAUGCUAUUUACCUGUCUGCACGCAACCAGCAGCUAGAGGCAGAGAAUGCACAGCUACAUGGUGCACUUGCAGAGCUCAGAGAUGCGCUGUCUGUGAAGAAGGUUCCUGGAGGCUCCCAGCGUCGUCAGCAAGAUACUGCUGCAACCUAAGAUGGAGAAGGAUCGCAGCAUUGCGGAUUCAAAUCACUCAGGAGUCUGCCUGUCAGGAUGUCAAGGGAGGACAAACAACAGCAACUUUCUCAAGAAUCACAGCUUAGUGUAACAGCAAGGACACAAUAGCAAAUCAAAUCAUCACCAGCCCCAAAGUGCUGUUGGGAUGACAAUCUCACAGCAGCGAUACCGACCCUUUAAAAUGUGUUGUUACCUCUUGUUAGCUUUAUUGUAAUGCUAAAGCACUGGUUAUACACUAAUGUGUGUUUUUUAAAUAUAUUUAUGUUACUGUAACUUUUUUCAAAUGCAACACUGAAGCUACAUUCCUGUCUAUCAAGUCAAUAUGUACCAAGACGCAGCUGGAAUUAUACAGCAUAUUAACAAAUGGGGAUAGUUUUGUUCAUUGCAGUAAACGAUAUAGAAAGAAAUAAAUCGGUUCUUUCCAGUUCUGAAAGGAUCCUUCUCCAAAGGAUGUCCUGUAACAGCAGCUUCUCUAUUUUUGCCUAUGUCUCUUGCAAUUCUUUUUCUAUUUUAGAUCAUUUCUCAAACAAUA